AUCACCAACAGCGAUAAAUUGUUUUAACAGCACCCCCUCUUUUCUCCAAGCUGUCGAAUCUCUCUCUUCUCUCUGUUUCAAUCCAUUCUCUUUUUUCUUUUCCUCUCUUUUGAUUUUCCUUUCUAUUAAUCCUUAAUUGAUUUGUCAUUAACAUUUUUAAUCAAGAACAAUUUUCAAGGUCAAAUCGGACACGCUGAGAGUCCGAUCUCGUUUUUCCCAUGCGAAUUUAGGGUUAUUCUUUUAGGUUUUUGCAAAUUGAUCGGAAAAGAGAAAAAAGAAACUGGCCAAAGUGGCAGAUUUCGUAGAUAGGUUAGAAGCUGGGGGCUAAUCAGUCACAGUCCCACCGUACCCCCCCGGCGCCACGUGUGGGGCUCUGGUACUUCCUCCGUCCUAACAAUGCUCCUCCUCUCCACACUCUCCACUACCUCGACUCCGUAACAACCCGUCCCUUACCUCCGGUCCGAUCCGAUCCCCGACCCACUUCCUCCAUGGACCAACACCAUCCGUCAACCACCACACCUCCUCCCCUGGAAGAGCCCGAGUACCUUGCCCGUUAUAUCGUCAUCAAGCACUCAUGGCGCGGCCGUUACAAACGAAUCCUUUGUAUUUCUAAUGUCGCUAUCAUCACGCUCGAUCCCACGACUUUGUCAGUAACGAAUUCCUACGAUGUCUCGACCGAUUUUGAAGCCGCCACGCCGAUUGUUGGCAGGGAUGAGAAUUCUACUGAGUUUAAUAUGAACGUGAGGACCGAUGGAAAAGGGAAAUUUAAGGCGAUAAGAUUUUCGUCACGAUAUCGGGCGAGUAUUUUAACAGAAUUGCAUAGGAUUAGGUGGAAUCGGUUGGGACCAGUGGCGGAGUUCCCGGUGUUGCAUCUACGGAGACGCCAUGCCGAGUGGGCCCCCUUUAAAUUGAAGGUCACAUAUGUUGGGGUUGAACUUAUUGACUUAAAAUCUGGAGAUCCUCGCUGGUGCUUAGAUUUUAGAGACAUGUCCUCCCCAGCCAUUGUUCUACUUGCAGAUGCAUAUGGGAAGAAAAACGUUGAUCAUGGUGGUUUUGUUCUUUGCCCUUUAUAUGGAAGGAAAUCUAAAGCAUUUCAAGCUGCUUCAGGGACCACAAAUUCUGCUAUCAUUUCGAAUCUGACUAAAACUGCGAAAUCAAUGGUUGGAGUGUCACUUUCUGUAGACAAUUCACAAUCUCUCACUGCAACAGAGUAUAUAAAGCAAAGAGCCAAAGAGGCAGUUGGAGCAGAAGAAACCCCUUGUGGAGGUUGGUCUGUGACAAGAUUGCGUUCUGCUGCUCAUGGAACUUUAAAUGUUCCUGGAUUGACUUUCAGUGUUGGCCCGAAAGGAGGACUUGGAGAGCAUGGGGAUGCUGUCUGUCGUCAACUCAUCCUCACAAAAGCCUCCCUUGUUGAAAGGCGGCCAGAUAACUAUGAAGCUGUUAUUGUUCGUCCUUUAUCAGCAGUGAUCUCACUUGUUCGAUUUGCAGAGGAGCCCCAGAUGUUUGCAAUUGAAUUCAAUGAUGGAUGCCCUAUCCAUGUCUAUGCUAGCACCUCACGAGAUAGCUUACUCGCUGCAAUUUGUGAUGUGUUGCAAAUAGAAGGUCAGUCCCCAGUACCUGUUUUGCCAAGGCUGACAAUGCCUGGUCAUCGCAUUGAUCCUCCUUGUGGGAGAGUUACUUUGCAAUUUGGGCAGCAACGCCCUCUUGCUGAUGUAGAAAGUGGAUCUAUGCAUUUGAAGCACUUAGCUGCUUCUGCCAAAGAUGCUGUUGCUGAAGGUGGUUCUAUUCCUGGUUCAAGAGCUAAGCUAUGGCGUAGAAUAAGGGAGUUUAAUGCAUGCAUUCCAUAUAGUGGAGUGCCCCCUAAUAUUGAAGUACCUGAGGUGACUCUGAUGGCCUUGAUAACAAUGCUUCCAGCAACACCGAAUCUUCCUCCAGAGUCCCCUCCCUUGCCACCUCCUUCACCUAAAGCAGCUGCAACAGUGAUGGGCUUUAUCGCAUGUUUACGAAGAUUGUUAGCUUCUAAAAGUGCUGCUUCUCAUGUUAUGUCUUUUCCUGCUGCUGUUGGAAGAAUAAUGGGCUUACUUAGAAAUGGAUCUGAGGGUGUAGCUGCUGAAGCGGCAGGGCUUGUUGCAGCUCUCAUUGGAGGUGGUCCUGGGGAUACAAAUCUGCUAACAGAUUCUAAAGGAGAGCAACAUGCCACAAUUAUGCAUACUAAGUCUGUAUUGUUCUCUCAGCAUGGUUAUGUCAUUAUCCUUGUCAACAGAUUGAAACCCAUGUCUGUAUCGCCUUUAUUGUCCAUGGCUGUUGUUGAAGUUCUGGAGGCUAUGAUAUGUGAUCCACAUGGCGAAACUACCCAAUACACAGUUUUUGUUGAGCUGUUGCGCCAAGUAGCUGGUUUGAAGCGUCGUUUAUUUGCUUUGUUUGGCCAUCCUGCAGAGAGUGUUAGAGAAACAGUUGCUGUGAUAAUGCGUACUAUUGCAGAAGAAGAUGCAAUUGCUGCUGAGUCAAUGCGGGAUGCUGCUUUACGUGAUGGUGCUCUAUUGAGGCAUUUAUUACAUGCAUUUUUCCUUCCUGCUGGUGAGCGGCGCGAGGUUAGUCGGCAGCUUGUUGCUUUGUGGGCAGAUUCGUACCAACCAGCUCUAGACCUAUUGUCUAGAGUUUUGCCUCCAGGACUCGUUGCUUAUUUGCACACACGUUCUGAUGGAGUGCUUGAAGAUUCUAUUCAAGGAGGAUCAUUGACCAGUAAAAGACAGAGGCGUUUACUUCAGCAGAGGAGAGGUCGUACAGGGCAGGGGAUUACAUCACAAGAGCAACCCUUCCCUUCUGUUAAUAGUUUUGAGGCAGGUGAUGCAGCAAGGCAGAUGAAUACUGGUUUUCAUAGAGUGGCAGAUAACUAUCACAAAUCUACUGUAGACCCUAAUUCCAGUCAAGUUUCAAACCAAUCUUCUGCUACUCACACUGUGGAAAGUCUGGCCAGUGAUGUAUAUUCUACUGGAAUUUCACAAAAUGGCCAUUCUGCUAUGGCAGCUUCCACUGAUGCCCCAUCAGCAAAUGUGCAUGGAGCAUCAGAAACAAAGGCUUCAAAUUCAGUUGAUUCUGAUGGCAAUGUAGUUGGGUCACAUAACACUGGUCUUCCGGCACCUGCUCAGGUUGUUGUAGAGAACACACCUGUUGGUUCUGGUCGCCUACUUUGUAAUUGGUCCGAGUUCUGGCGUGCUUUUAGCCUUGACCAUAACCGUGCGGAUUUGAUCUGGAAUGAACGUACUAGGCAAGAGUUGAGGGAAGCUUUGCAAGCUGAGGUUCAUAAGUUGGAUGUUGAAAAAGAGCGCACUGAAGAUAUUGUUCCUGGAGGUGCUACAGUAGAGAAUAUGAGCAGCCAAGAUAGUGUUCCAAGGAUCUCUUGGAACUAUACUGAGUUCUCUGUUAGUUAUCCUAGUUUGUCCAAGGAGGUUUGUGUUGGUCAAUAUUAUCUCCGCUUGUUGCUUGAGAGUGGUAGCAGUGGCAGGGCACAGGAUUUUCCGCUUCGUGAUCCUGUUGCUUUCUUCAGAGCACUCUAUCACCGGUUUUUAUGUGAUGCUGACAUAGGUCUUACAGUAGAUGGUGCUGUUCCGGAUGAACUGGGUUCAUCUGAUGAUUGGUGUGAUAUGGGAAGAUUAGAUGGCUUUGGAGGAGGUGGAGGCUCUUCUGUUAGGGAGCUUUGUGCAAGGGCAAUGGCAAUUGUGUAUGAACAACAUUGCAAUACAAUAGGCCCUUUCGAAGGGACUGCACAUAUUACAGUUCUCUUGGACAGGACAGGUGAUAGAGCUUUGAGACACCGUCUACUUCUUCUUUUGAAGGUUUUGAUGAAGAUUUUAGCAAAUGUGGAAUCUUGUGUAUUGGUGGGAGGGUGCGUACUAGCCGUUGAUUUACUGACAGUGGUUCAUGAAGCUUCAGAGAGGACCGCUAUCCCUUUACAAUCAAAUUUGAUAGCUGCUACUGCUUUUAUGGAGCCACUUAAGGAAUGGAUGUAUACUGACAAAGAUGGUGCACAGGUUGGACCUUUAGAGAAGGAUGUUAUCAGAAGGUUGUGGUCAAAGAAAGCUAUUGAUUGGACAACAAGGUGCUGGGCUUCAGGGAUGCUGGACUGGAAGAGAUUACGAGAUAUUCGUGAGCUUCGUUGGGCACUAUCUGUUCGGGUUCCUGUCCUUACACCAACUCAGGUAGGAGAGGCUGCAUUGUCUGUGUUACAUAGCAUGGUUUCUGCACAUUCAGACUUAGAUGAUGCCGGUGAGAUAGUUACCCCAACUCCUAGGGUGAAAUGGAUUUUGUCAAGUCCACGUUGCCUUCCACAUAUUGCACAGGCUAUGCUUUCUGGGGAGCCAAGUAUUGUAGAGGCUGCUGCUGCAUUGCUGAAGGCUAUUGUUACCAGAAAUCCAAAGGCCAUGAUGCGUCUCUACAGCACAGGUGCAUUUUAUUUUGCCCUGGCAUACCCUGGAUCCAACCUUUUUUCAAUUGCACAACUCUUCUCGGUAACUCAUGUACAUCAAGCUUUUCAUGGUGGCGAAGAAGCUGCAGUUUCCUCUUCAUUACCCCUUGCUAAACGUAGCGUAUUGGGUGGGCUUCUCCCUGAAUCUUUGCUGUAUGUGUUAGAGCGUAGUGGCCCUAUUGCAUUUGCUGCAGCAAUGGUUUCUGACUCUGAUACUCCAGAGAUCAUAUGGACUCAUAAAAUGAGAGCAGAAAAUCUGAUUCGUCAGGUUUUGCAGCAUCUUGGUGAUUUCCCCCAGAAACUGUCACAGCACUGCCAUUCUUUAUAUGAGUAUGCUCCUAUGCCACCAGUCACUUAUUCAGAGCUCAGAGAUGAAAUGUGGUGUCACCGUUAUUAUCUUCAAAAUCUUUGUGAUGAGAUCCGUUUUCCAAAUUGGCCAAUUGUUGAGCAUGUAGAGUUUCUACAGUCCUUGUUAGUAAUGUGGCGAGAAGAGUUGACACGGAAACCAAUGGAUCUUUCUGAGGAAGAAGCUUGCAAAAUCUUAGAGAUUACCUUGGAUGAUGUAUCCAGUAAGGAUGCUGAUCAGAAGUAUUCUCAUGAGGUGACUGGAGAGAUAUCUAGCAUAUCCAAGCAAAUUGAGAACAUUGAUGAAGAAAAGCUUAAGCGACAAUAUAGGAAACUUGCUAUGAAAUACCAUCCUGACAAAAAUCCUGAAGGGAGGGAGAAAUUUCUUGCUGUACAAAAGGCUUAUGAACGACUUCAGGCUACAAUGCAAGGUUUGCAAGGUCCUCAGCCUUGGAGGCUGUUGCUUUUAUUGAAAGGACAAUGCAUCUUGUACAGACGAUAUGGAGAUGUAUUGGAACCAUUUAAAUAUGCUGGAUAUCCCAUGUUGCUUAAUGCUGUGACUGUUGACAAGGAAGACAACAAUUUUCUUUCCUCAGAGAGAGCACCUCUUCUUGUUGCAGCGUCAGAGCUUGUUUGGCUUACGUGUGCAUCUUCCUCAUUGAAUGGUGAAGAACUUGUUAGAGAUGGUGGGAUACUUCUUCUCGCAACACUUCUCUCUCGUUGCAUGUGUGUAGUUCAACCAACUACUCCUGCAAAUGAACCAGCCGCUAUCAUCGUUACCAAUGUGAUGCGAACAUUUUCUGUUCUGAGUCAGUUUGAGACUGCCAGGGUUGAGAUGCUUGAGCUUUCUGGACUUGUUGAGGACAUAGUGCACUGCACUGAACUUGAGCUUGUGCCUGCAGCUGUUGAUGCUGCCCUCCAGACUAUUGCUCAUAUUUCUGUGUCCUCUGAUUUGCAAGAUGCCUUGAUAAAGGCUGGAGUGCUAUGGUACCUUUUGCCAUUGUUGCUUCAGUACGACUCAACUGCAGAGGAAUCUGAUACUUCAGAGUCACAUGGUGUUGGUGCUAGUGUUCAAAUUGCAAAAAAUAUGCAUGCUGUGCGAGCAUCCCAAGCUCUGUCUAGGCUUAGUGGUUUGUGCAGUGAUGAGAGCACAAUACCUUAUAAUGCUUCCGUUGUCAAUGCGCUCAGAGCUUUGCUAACUCCUAAACUUGCCAGUAUGUUGAGAGAUCAAGUGCCAAAAGACCUACUGUCCAAGUUGAACACAACCUUGGAGUCACCAGAGAUCAUCUGGAACUCUUCAACUCGAGCGGAACUGCUGAAAUUUGUGGAUCAACAACGUGCUAGCCAGGGUCCAGACGGUUCAUAUGACCUGAAAGAUUCUCAUAUCUUUGCCUAUGAAGCACUGUCAAAGGAACUUUUUGUUGGCAAUGUUUAUUUGAGGGUUUAUAAUGAUCAACCGGAUUUUGAGAUCAGUGAACCAGAAGCAUUCUGUGUGGCUUUAAUUGAUUUUAUAGCUUCUCUAGUACACAAUCAUUGCUCUGUGGAUUCUGAUGUUCAGGAAAGACUUAAUAUCACCAACUCAUCCCUUAAGUCUGAUGAGCAUCAGGGUGACACAACCGGUAUAUCAGUAGAUGAACAGCAAGUUCCUGAUGAUUCUCUGGCUGUAUCUGAUAAAAAAAUGAAAGAUAAGGAAGAAAAUGUGAUGAUUAAGAACCUUCAAUUUGGACUUACCUCACUUCAGAACUUGCUGACAACAUAUCCAAAUUUGGCAUCGAUAUUUUCCACUAAAGAGAAGCUAUUACCACUUUUUGAAUGCUUUUCUGUGCCUGUUGCUUCAGAAAGCAGCAUUCCUCAACUUUGCCUGAAUGUUCUAUCUCUCUUGACUACAUAUGCUCCCUGCUUGGAGGCCAUGGUUGCAGAUGGAUCUAGCCUUCUUCUUUUGUUGCAAAUGCUCCACUCUGCCCCAGCUUGCCGAGAAGGGGCAAUUCAUGUUCUCUAUGCUUUGGCAAGCACACCUGAACUUGCUUGGGCAGCUGCCAAGCAUGGAGGUGUUGUGUACAUUCUUGAACUUCUCUUGCCUUUACAAGAAGAAAUUCCCUUGCAGCAAAGAGCAGCAGCAGCCUCUUUAUUGGGUAAGCUUGUUGCGCAGCCAAUGCAUGGACCUAGAGUUGCUAUAACAUUAGCAAGGUUUCUUCCAGAUGGCCUAGUAUCAGUCAUAAGAGAUGGGCCUGGUGAAGCUGUUGUGUCUGCCCUUGAACAGAAUACAGAAACACCAGAACUUGUAUGGACACCAGCCAUGGCAGCUUCUUUGUCUGCCCAAAUUGCUACUAUGGUAUCAGAUCUGUACCGUGAACAAAUGAAGGGCCGUGUCAUUGACUGGGAUGUACCUGAGCAAGCUCCUUCACAGCAGGAAAUGAAAGAUGAGCCACAGGUUGGUGGGAUCUAUGUCAGGCUAUUCCUUAAAGAUCCCAAAUUUCCUCUUAGAAAUCCCAAGAGAUUCCUGGAAGGGCUUCUGGAUCAGUACUUGUCUUCUAUUGCUGCCACACAUUAUGAGUCACAAUCUGUUGACCCUGAGCUUCCUUUGCUUCUGUCUGCUGCUUUGGUUUCAUUAUUGCGAGUGCACCCUGCACUUGCAGACCAUGUUGGUUAUCUUGGGUAUGUGCCCAAACUUGUUGCUGCUGUGGCUUAUGAGGGAAGGCGAGAAACAAUGUCAUCGGGGGAGAUGAAAGAUAGAAACAAUAUGGCAGACAGAACAUAUGAAUCUGAUGAGCAACCAGUGCAAACUCCACAAGAACGUGUGCGCCUUAGUUGUUUGCGGGUUCUGCAUCAACUUGCUGCCAGUACAAUAUGUGCUGAAGCCAUGGCAGCAACUAGUGUUGGAACACCUCAGGUUGUUCCACUUCUAAUGAAAGCUAUAGGAUGGCAAGGUGGAAGCAUUUUAGCUCUAGAAACACUGAAACGUGUUGUGGGUGCUGGAAACCGAGCUAGGGAUGCACUUGUUGCCCAAGGACUUAAGGUUGGUCUGGUUGAAGUACUUCUGGGACUUCUUGAUUGGAGAGCUGGUGGAAGGGGCGGACUCUGCUCUCAGAUGAAAUGGAAUGAGUCAGAAGCAUCUAUUGGCAGGGUUCUUGCAAUUGAGGUUUUGCAUGCAUUUGCAACAGAAGGGGCUCAUUGUAUUAAAGUGCGUGACAUAUUGAAUUCAUCUGAUGUUUGGAGUGCUUAUAAAGAUCAGAAACACGAUCUUUUCCUUCCUUCAAAUGCCCAAUCCGCUGCUGCUGGAGUUGCUGGUCUAAUCGAGAAUUCCUCAUCUAGACUCACUUACGCCCUCACAGCUCCGCCACAAACUGCACAGGCAAGAAUACCUGCUUCAAAUGGUAGUCAUUAUCAGCUUUCAUAGUUCAAGGAUUAAAGAAGUAUUCACGCCAUGAGCGAGUACUGAGUUAAGAUUUUAUACAUGACACAUUUGUACAGCUCAGUGUACAGUUUUCUUAAUCUUUUCCAUCCCCCUCCUUUUACCCAUUCUCUCUGCAAGAUUUGACGGCCAAGGUGGUGGUGGCAAUUUUCCUAGUUAAUAUAUAUAUAUAUAUAUUUAAGAGGGUGAAGUAUUAUUCAUUUUCCCGUGUAAAGAAAAAUCCAGUUGAUUGUAAAUUGAAAAUGGAUCUGUUCUGCAGUAAUAUAAAUAGUUGAGGUGACUUUCUCUGUGUUCAUUACAGCAAUUUUUAGUAGCAGGGUUAUUAAUGCUGGUUCCCAGUUUGUGGUAUGUAGGUUUAGCUCUUUCAAUGUCACUAAUUUGUUUUGCUUCACCAACUAACCCAAAGCAAAUUUCUUUAUUUUUUGGGGACGAUGGGAAAUGAUACCGUUAUGCGAAUUAUGAAUAAAUAAAAGAAAACCCAUGUAAUGAAGUACCACUUCAGCUUCCUUGGCAUCUUUUGCCUUCCAACAGACUAACUGAUCUAUGUUUGCCCAAGUUCUUGUGUUGGGUUACAAAAUAGAAGUAUGGCUUUUUCUUUAUUCCCUUGUGUCUGCGGAAAUUUUUC